AUGAAGUUGCCCUCGAUCGCCUUCCUUGGGAGCGCCGUGCUCUCUUAUGAGGUCCCUGAUGUGGAUCUAGCAAGUGCGUUUGCUAAGUUCAAGGAAGAUUAUGGCAUUGAGUAUUCGAGUCCGCAGGAGGCCGCCUUGCGCGAAGAAAUUUUCAUAGAAAACUACCGACACAUUCAAAGGAUCAACUCUGAAGGUCGCAGCUACAAGUUGGCCGUUAACAAAUUCGCCGACCAAAGUUCUGAGGAGUUCGCCGCUGGAAUGCUCACUAGAGGCUACCGCAAGCGCUAUCGGGAUUUCUUUGGCAAGCGCCCCGGCUACCUUGGUGUUCAUCACUACUCUGGAAAGCCCCUGCCCGAUGAGAUCGACUGGAGCCAUCUCGGGGCUGUCAGCAGAGUCAAGAAUCAACAGAGUUGUGGAAGUUGCUGGGCCUUCUCAGCCACUGGUGCCCUGGAGGGAAGGUAUGAAAUUGCUAAUCCGAAGCACGAACUGGUUGAGUUCUCCGAGCAACAACUUGUCGACUGCAGUUCUGAAGAAGGAAAUAUGGGGUGUAACGGUGGACUGAUGGACAACGCCUUCGCGUAUGUGAUGCAACAUGGCCUCUGCACUGAAGAGGAUUAUGCGUACGAGGCGAUUGAUGAACCCUGUCGUAACUCCACUGUCAAGGAAAAGGCUCGGCUACAUCCUCAUGACGUGACUGGUUUCGUCGACGUGCACUCUAAGGAUGGAGAAGCUAUGAAAGAAGCGCUCCAGAGUGGCCCGGUUAGUGUGGCUAUUGAAGCCGACAUGCCCGACUUCCAGUUCUAUCACGAGGGUGUUCUCACUGGUGAGUGUGGCGAUUCGCUCGAUCAUGGAGUGCUCCUCGUCGGCUAUGGUGAACUGGAUGGGAAGAAGUAUUGGAAAGUGAAGAACUCGUGGGGUGCCGAAUGGGGCCACGAGGGGUAUAUUCUUUUGGAGAGGGAGAGAGCUGAUGGAACCGAGGAGGACGAGUGUGGUAUUCUACUACAGGGGAGUUACCCUAAAUUCCGCGAGGACAUCGAUCAUCGUGUUGCGGACAAAGAGGUGAAGUGGACUUUAUAGAUCUUGUUGUUGAGUGUUUUCCUUUCAGCCGUCCAGUUUGAUUAUUCCUGAGGACUUCGUGGUGAACAUGAAAACGAAUGUCUCACCCAACGCUGGUCAUUAUCAUCCCCCUCCCUGUGACAAGGGCGACCUCCAAGGGGAAAUUGAACUCAGUGGACAUGUGUAUAAGAUGUGCGCGCCUCCGUGUGGAGAGAGAGACACGUGUCCUCCUGCGCCGGCUGGAAUGGAAGCCAUUGCGCGAUGUGCGUUGACGGUGCACUCGUCCAGGCCUGAUCAUUGCGCUCUUCUGUGCAGGGCUGAUGGUGACAUGAAGUGCCCGGAAGGUAUGAACUGUGUCCAAGCGCAAGGGCAAAUCGGCAUUUGCGUGUCGGAGUCGGGUCCUGCCAGUUUACUUCGUGUGAAGGGGAAGGAGAUAAUCGUUGAGUAAUUUAUUUACAAUGAAUGUUAUGCAGCUAGUAGCACGAUAGAGAAAAACCAAUUCUGUUAGUUAUCAUGUGGAUGAUCAUUUUGACGGAGUAUCAAUUCUCCAUUAUUUGUU